UAGGCUGCCAUGAAACCAAUAAGUUUAUUUGAUUCACUGACCUACACCGGUAAAGCUUUGGAGAAAGUUGUUUACGAUUUUGAAAAUACUGAACUUUUCAAGGAAAAUACAACAAAACAAGUUAUGGUUCUACUAACGGAUGGAAAAGCUGACGAUUCAGAUUCAAUUUCAGCAAAUGCUAAAACAUUACGGGAUAUGGGAGUAACAAUCUACGCCAUUGGAGUUGGAAACUACAAAAGAAGUGAACUGAGAUUACUUGCAAAUGGUAAUACAUCGGACGAUACUCGCGUAUUUACAGCUGAAAACUUUGAUGGACUCGAAGCGAUCGCAGAGGAGUUAGAAAAUGAAAUUGGAAGUAUUGCUUUAGAAGGUUCGAGUGUGGGACAAACAACCGCUGGAUAUAAAAUGGAAUUCGGAGCAGUGGGUAUUGUUGCAACAUAUAGUAUAUCAAAACCGGAGAUUCGAAGUUUGAAUAAUGAUACAAGAACAAGUUCGGUAACAAUGAUUUACUGCUUUUCAGUUAUUGAACCGAGCAAGGUGUUGGCGCAAUAUGACAUAUGGAUGUUUCCUCGACCAUUGAGCCCAGAAAAGUAAAUUCUACCUAUACUUUACUAUUGCAAAAAAGUUGGAUGCUUAUUUUGCGAGUCGUUUGAAGAGUUGGAACUCACAAUUUGAUUUACAUGCUCAAAUUACUUUCAUUAAAAUAUACAACAACCUGGCGCAUACAGGUACUAAUAGCUAAUUUUAGUCUAGUCAUUCGCAGCUUUUCCGGGACUCAUUAUUGAUUAUUUCAACUAAAAUAAAUGUUCACAACCAUGCUUGAAUAUCUUUCUGAGAGGCUUUAAAAUUACAAUUGUUACGUCAGGGUUGACUUUUUGUUGAUUGGUCAUUGUUACGGAAAUAAACAAAGAAAUCGAUGCUCGUGGGAACAUCCAUUACAUAUAUACGUAUUGAUAUCAGCCGGAACUAUUGGAUCGAGUUUAUUUUUUCAUGUUAACGUUUUGUGUGAAGGUGUGUGUGUGCGUGAAAACAGUAUGUUUCUAGCUUGUGUGUUGAAUGUUUCGUAUGAAUGUGUCAGUUUCUAUAUGCUCGCAUGUUUGUUUUGGACGACGGCCGCGGUUAUUUACGAGAUUUUAGGAUGGGAUACGGGAAAGACGACGAAGAUAAUUCAACUGUAAAUAAACACCUAGGUAAGUGUUUGCUAUUCCGACGAAACAAAGGGAUUUUCGCUAAAUAUAUUCUAUAAUUUUCAUAGGUCUGGGAAAUGUGUAGAUUUGGAGAAACAUCAACAAAGAUAACUCAAAGACGGAAAUAAAAUAACAACGGGGUCGGAAACGACAGAAUAAUUUAUCCGGAAGAACCAAUUUCAUAUAUUUACGGCUCAAUAUAAC